UAAAACGAAAGCCAGACGGGCGGACUCAGGUACGUAUCCAAAGCGGUCCCUCUUAAGCUCGCACAGGUACGCAAUGAUAAUCCACAGUUGAAAAUACAUGGUAAAAAAACCGAGUACCAUGGAAUCUCGUAGUUGAACCUCCCUAUCAACCAAGGCUGCCAGAGCUUUCGGAGAUGGCUUCCCUAGUUUCUAUACCUAGUGCUCCAGAUCUGUUGCUGUGACUGUCUUGCCCUCUGUUCUACAACUCAACACACCACAAUAAAAUCCGGCUUGUCAUUAAAGUCCAUCAUCAAUAUGCCUGCCGACUGGAAUUCCCUCCCCUUGGAGAUUCGAUGGAUGGUUCGGGACUACAUCAAAAGCCUUCGGUCUACUGCAACGGAUAUCCCAUACAGACAGCUUCUUCUCGUAUGCCGCGAGUGGCACAGCUGGUUCGUCCACGAGAACUUCCGCCUCUUGGUGCUCGAUCAAGACCGGCUUAGCGACUUUGAGAAAAUGGUCAGUAACAACAAGGUCCGGCGCAACUACGUACAACGCAUCGUGCUGCGUAUCCGCCUUCCUGACUACGACUGUCCCGCCUGUGAUGAAGAAGAAGACGACGCCACCGCCUGCGCUAAUGAUGAGGCUUUUAUUGAAGUCUUGCGGCGGUUUAUGACCAUCAUGUCGGCGUGGCCUAAAAGGGAGCAUAAUUCUGGAAUAACACUGGACCUUGGGGCCUACUCGCCCAGCGAUGGCAGACAUGGCUUUCGCGACUACCGCUUUUCCGACCAAUAUCAGUACGGGGCGCCGGAGACCAGUCAUGAGCAGCAUGCAGAUGUCCUCUGCAGAGCUCAGGAGGCCGGCGAGAACCAGAAGAGCACCUGUCCCGGGUGGAACCGCAGCUGUAAUGACGAGUGUUCUUCGCCUUCCCUAUCCUCCAAGAAGAGAAUUUUGGCAACUAUUGGUGACGUCCGACGGCGACACUUUUCUGAAGUGUUCACAGAGGGACACUGGGAUACUCAACCGCAUACAGUCCUCAAGGGUAUUGUCUCUGCCCCAGCUAUUACCUCUUUGGUUCUUCCCCGCCACUACUACAGACCUAUCUCUCUUCUUGUCCUUGGCUGCGUUAUCCGCCAAGGCUUCCCAAGCCUACAGAGCCUCCGCCGCGAGACGUGGAGGGCUAUUGGUGUACCAGCAAGACAGUCUAUGGGUGGAUACCAGGACCUCUUUGCCGCCUUGCCUACUACUAUUGAUCACUUCAGUCUUUUAUGCGAGCUCAAAAAUACCCAUGUCGGCCUUCCUAUUACACUUUCCAUAAUGUACCAACCACAUUUUGGUGGAGUAGAUAUGGGCUUGGCCGCCGCCACGCUAGCCAGGCGCCUUCGCUCCUUCUGUGCGACGUACACGGUUUCGUUCGAGGACUUUGUGGAGGGCGAUCUUCGCCGGGGACGUCGGGUCCAUCCCCAGCUCGAGCACCUAGUCAUGACGUCCGAAAUCCUGGAAGCCCGCGUUAGCUGUCGCGCGCCGGAGUUCUUCGGCCUCAUCUACAUGGCAGGCCGCUUCGCGUUUGUGUCUAUGCCAAACCUCAAGAGCCUCAUACUGUGGGACGGAGACAAGAGCGACGGGUUUCUCAUGCGCUUCACAUACACCUACCUCACCUCAAACGAGACCGAACAAGGGGGAUGGCAACCGACCGUUGAUUGUCGCGGCACCCGAUACGCUAGAAAAGACCUAUUGCCAGCAUUUACAAAGUUGCGCGAUGUGCUCAGGCUAAUCUUGCCUCCCGCAACGCCUUAUAUGCGCUUCAUUUUCAAAAGGUCUCGUACUGCUGGGGGGAAAGAAGAAGCAGAGGGAGAAGGAGAACAGGUUAAUAGAAGAAGGAUAACCAAGGGGCCAGAAUUCCAGGAGGUGCGAAAUUUCAUCCUAGAUCCUGAAUCGGCGAAGCAGAGACUGUUCGAAAGAAGAGUGUCUGCGAUGCAUUGAUUAUUGAACCACGCUAGUGUAAGGCCUAUAUAUGACAACUGGCAUUCUUGGCAAAAAAUUGACCGGAUACCAUGACUGUAUAUUAAUAUCGUCUCUGCUUUGCGGAGUUUCAGCUUCAAUUAAUUCAUCAAUCAACAGGUGUCUAUGUCGCGCA